UUUUUUUUUUUUUGGUUCUUUUUUUUGGAGUUGGGGACCAAACCCAGGGCCUUGCGCUUCCUAGGUAAGCGCUCUACCACUGAGCUAAAUCCCCAGCCCCGGAAGUGGUUAUUAAAUCAUCUGGAUUUCAAAUACUAGAUAAUGUUAACAAAAUCUGGGAGCUGCAUGGAAGGAAAACACAAGGCCACACAGUGACCCAUGCUUUAGUUAAUGUUCCCAGCCUUAGCAUCAUAUGGCCUGAUAAACCAUUCCCACUCCUUACAGGAAAGGUCAGGAUCUUUGGUUGAUGCCAGUUAUUGAGGGCUGAAGUCUUUGACCCCCUCCUCCCAAUUGUUUUUCUUUGAUUACAGUUUUUUUUAGAUGCUCAUAAUCCUUAAACAAGAGACUAAUAACAGAUCUCACAGAUAUCCAGUAGUCAGGCUACAUUAACCAUGUGCUGAGUGAAUUCCAAAAUUAUUACAGUAGUUGCAAAAUUAGAGAGAAGAAGGUCUCUUUGGAAAGUAGUCAAGUGAAAUCUGAGGUGGAUGUUUAUCUAAGUGAUUGGUCCUCAGGAAACAUUGCUUUACCCAAUGGCACAGACUAAAGAGGGUACCUUGAAUCCAGGGGGCAGGUACUGGCUUCAGGCAACCUGGGCUUUCAAAGUGUCAAAAAUGAAUUCUUACCUGCAAAGCUAACAUAAGUACAAUUGAGACAUAAAAUAGUGGAGAAAAAUGUAGUGCCUGAACCAGUCAGGAAAGCAAAGAAAUUCUUUUCAAAGGAAGAUAUUCAUUAAACAGACGCUGAGGCCUUUAUUUGGUGACCUCCUCCAUAUAUAUUCACACGGGGUUGGUCAUUUUUAAUCAUACUCUUAUUCCUAAAUAGACUUAUGAGUGUGCUCAGUUUAAUUCAUUUAAGAUACUAGGCACAUUUUUAAGUUAUGGGGUAUGUGUUUAUGAGCUUGAGGGGAAUGAACAGGACCGCUUCUAGGCCUGCUCAACUCACACCAGAAAGCCUUCCCUGGAAAGGACACUGGGAAAGUGCGUUAGUGUAGGAGUUUGCCCCUCGGGUGUCUGCUGUGUUUACUGUCCAGCUGGUGUGUAGGUUUCACCAGAGUUGCCACUUGUCCAUUUUGUUUACAGUCUCAAAUUUCAAGGUGUGAAAAUGAAUUCCUAUCUGCAAAGCUGUAAGUAAUCUAUUUAAUCUGUAAUAUACACAUAUAGUUCAGUUUUGUUUGCUUUGUUUUUGUUGUACUGCAGACAGAAUCUAGAACUUGGGUCAUCCUAGGCAAACUGUCUACACUCAUACAUUAUCAAAAUUUAAAAUAUGUAUUGUUAGACUUCAACAUUGGUUAGUCUUCAGUUGACUCAUAUAAGCACAUGGAGUUUUGUGGUGAUGGUGGUUGGGUUAUCUAUUCAUUUUUUUAAAAUCUAUUUCGAGAUAGGACCUUGCUAUGUAGUCUAGGCUACCACACCAUCGAUGAUCCUCCUGCCUUAGCCUCUGGAACUGAGAAUGUGGAUAUGGCAGUCACACCUACCUGGCUGCUAGUCUUAAAUAGAUUCUUUCUCACACUUAUAAUUUGUACUGAGGUUUCACUAAAGCCAAAAAAAGAAAAAAUCUUAAUGGUAUGGGAGAAUUGUGGCAUAUUUUAUUUUUUGAGGGCUUCACUAUAAUAACCCUGGCUAUCUUGGAACUUGCUUGUAGACCAGGGUGUCUUUGAACUCUCUGAGAUCCUCUUGUCUGCAGAGUGAUGGCAUUAAAGAUGCUUGCCACCAUGCGAUGAUCACCAGCAAACACUUUUUUUUUUUUUGACAGAAAAUGAUGCAGUUUUAAUAUACCAUUUUGCAGAAAGGGUCACCAGCACAGAGAAAAGGCAAAAAUUGCUUUCGGGUUGAUUUUGCCGAAGACCGUCGUUUCUGAACCCCUGACCACAGGAAAUUCCUGCUUUUUUCUCCCAUAGGCUAGACAUAAGAUUCACAAUCUAGCAUAGUCCCCUUCUCAAAUUCCCUAUCCUUUUUAUUUAGGAGGAAAAGCCUUACUUAAUGAGUUAAUUCGAGGCUUGAGACUACCCCUUUUGUUGGUUGUGGGCUCACCCAUAUAGCUGAUUGCCUAUAACUUUUUUCUAUUUAUUUUUUACUUAUUCACUUUACAUCCUGCUCACUGCCCUCUCCCGAUCAUCCCCUCCCACAAUCCUUCCCCCUCCUCCUCUCCUUCUCUGAGUGGGUAAGGGCCCCCUGGUUACCCCUCUAUCCUCUACGAGGCUAAACGCUUUCUCUCCCACUGACAGCCAACAGUAUAUUUCAGGACUUUGGGAGAAGAAACAAGUCAGUUUCUUUUUUGAGUCAGUGACAGCGUUUAGGGUUAGAUGGCAUUUGUGCAGUUGCACCACAGUAGCCCUUGCCCUUCAAACGGAGGUGGGUGCAGCGCGGCUGGGAGCCGCCAGGGACCGCCAGCGCCCGCAAAGCCCUCAAGCGCCGCUCUGUACGUCGCAGGCGUAAGGCGCUACCAGCGGCUUCGGCGGGAGGCCACGGCGCGGUGCAUCCUGGGUUGGCGUAGCCAUGGCGUCUCGUGUCCUUUGCGCCUGUGUCCGCCGCCUGCCUGCGGCCUUUGCGCCGCUGCCCCGGCUUCCCACGUUGGCUUUGGCCCGGCCGCUCAGCACCAUUCUCUGCCCUGAGGGAAUCUGGAGAAGAACCGGGACUCUGCAGCCCACCUUGGCGCUCGCGCAGGUGCCUGGAACGGUCACACAUUUGUGCCGCCAGUACAGUGAUGCACCCCCACUGACGUUAGAAGGAAUCAGGGACCGAGUUCUGUAUGUCUUGAAACUCUAUGAUAAGAUUGACCCAGAAAAGCUCUCAGUAAAUUCUCAUUUUAUGAAGGACCUGGGCUUAGACAGUUUGGACCAAGUGGAAAUUAUUAUGGCCAUGGAAGACGAAUUUGGGUUUGAAAUUCCUGAUAUAGAUGCAGAGAAGUUAAUGUGUCCACAAGAAAUUGUAGAUUACAUUGCAGAUAAGAAGGAUGUGUAUGACUAAAGUAUCAGAGCCUUCUUCCUCACUGUGAGGACUCCAGAGGACACAUGAUGGCAUCGUGGCCAACUGACAGCGGUUCUGUUCGACUUGUAUUUAAAUUGUCUGAGUGUUUUGCCCUUUAAAAAUAAAUCUAUUACAAAACUAA